UCGAACAGCACUGUGAAACAGGUUUUUUAUUUUCUCUAUUAAUGUGGAAAUAUUUAGGUGUUGUUAGGUAUUUGUUGAUUUUAUAUUAUUCAAAAUCGGAUAGGUUGCGUGUUGGUUUAAUUACUAUGUUGGUUUCACGAAUAGGUGAUGUUGGCUUUUUUGUUUUGGUUGGUUAUAGUUUUAUAUCUAAAAACUUUACUGUAGUUGUUUUAACGAAGAGAGUUAGUUUUCCAUUUGUUUCGUGGUUAUUAGAGGUGAUUCGUGCACCAACGCCAGUUAGUGCUUUAGUGCAUUCCUCUACACUAGUAGCUGCUGGUAUGUGGUUUGUAUGUUGUUACAGUUGGUUAUUUAGUAGUGUGGAGACAGCUAGCGAUAUAAUUGUGAUUAGUUGUUUUAUUACUAUUUUUAUUACUGAAGUUGGUGGCACUUUCAACAAGAAAAAAAAUAGCAUAGUGUUUGUUUUUUUCUUGGGUAAACCAACACUUAGUUUAGUUCAAUUAUUGUGUCACGGUGUUGCUAAGUGUGGUCUUUUUAUUAGGGUUGGUGAUAUUAUGAGCAGCGGUGGAGGUAGCCAAAAUUAUACAAAUUUUUAUAGUCGUAAGAGUUUGUGGGAGCUUUGUUCAUUAUUUUUUAUUAUCUUUAAGUUGUGUGGGCUACCAUUUUUAGGUGUUUUUUUUUCUAAGCAUUUAUUUUUUUCUGCACUAUCUUGGUAUAAUAUUAUGUUUUGGGUUGCUUGUUUAUUUGGAUUAAUUUUAAGAUUUUGUUAUUCUGUUCGCUUGUUUCUAUUGUGUGUGGUUGGUAAGUCAGGCUACAACUUAAGCUUUGAUAAAAAAUUUGUUUUUGUAGUUUUACAAAUUCCCAUGUUUAGAGUUAUAAAUAUGUUUUUAGGUGAUUUAGUUGUUGAUUGGUGUGAGUCGGAUUUAUGGAUAAGCGUUUGUUUGCUAUUAUGUUCGAUUGUGGGUGUUUUUUUGGGGGUGAUUAUUUCGUAUACUUAUUUUAGACUUAGUCGUGCUUGGGUUAUUAGUUUAAUGGGAAUGGAUUUGUGUAAGAUAAAAUUUUUAUUUUAUUUGAGUGGUGAUGAAUCGAUUUAUGUCUUAUUCGGUGUUGAUAUGCCAACGAGGGGUAAAUUGAAAUUAUUUUGGUGUAGUGGAUCUGUGGCUGGAGUGGCUAUGGUUAUUCAACUAGUUAGUGGUGUUGUUUGUUCUAUCGAGUAUGUCAAAUUUGUGGGUUCUAUGUUAGGAUUUAGUCGGUCUGUUGGAGAGCCUGGUCCGAUAAUAGAUGGGUUAUCGCUUGAAUUAUUGCGGUUUUUACACCUGUGA